AUGGCAUCUACACAUACCACUCUUGAUGCUGCGGCGACGGAGCGAAAAGCCCGUCUUGCUAAGCUCGCCGCUCUCAAACGAAAGCAACCCGAACCAGAUUCCUCAGAACAAGAUUUCUCCAAGCAAGACGGCGCAAAGGAAGAAAUGUCAAAAGAUGUCGCUUCGCGGUUCCUAUCCGGAAGAAACUACGACCCCGAGACCCGGGGACCAAAGCUUGGUUUUGAACAUUUGCCAAUAGAAGGACAAACGACUCUGGAAGAACAAGCGGCCAAAAUUGCGAUAUCAACUGAACAAGCUGCAAAAGAGGACGAGGAAGCCGAUAAACCGAUCGAUCUAUUCAAGCUCCAGCCUAAAAAUCCAAAUUGGGACUUGAAACGGGAUCUCGAUGAGAAGGUGAAGAUUGUGAAUGUCAGGACUCAGAACGCGAUUGCGAGAUUGGUUCGUGAGAGAAUACAGAAUGCGCAGAGGGAAGCUAGGGAGAAAAAUAUGGCCUCUGGCGGGGGUGAUGGGGAUGGCCAGGAGGUGGGGAUGGAUGGAGGGGCACUUGUCGAAGGAAUACAUUUGAGAGAACGGGAUGAAGCUGAAGAGGAGAGGAGGGAAAGGGAGGAAGACGACGAGAUGGAAUGA